AUGGAUAUUGAUUUUAUCAGAAAUUUCUUUAGGGAAAAGCUUAAUGUGAUAUUACAAGAAGAGUGGCUUAAUGAAGUCGUCAUCUAUCUUCGCUCACUGGAAUUUGAACAUUCUUUGCUAUCAGCUGUGUAUGAACAAUGGCUUUAUACUGAUCUCGCAGUAUCCUCUCGUGCAUUGUUACCAUUAUCAGUGAGUAAACAUACAAAGCGAACAUCGCUUAAAAGUACUAUAUUGUUACAGAUAAACUCUAUAAUUGAUAUCGGGACCUCAAUUUAUUCUCAGUAUCGGUUGCUAACUCGAGAAAUUGAAGAUAACUCAGGUUUCCAGAUAAAACCGGAUGAAAAUCAAGCGGAAUGUGACCCGUUUCGAAAUUCGAAUCGUAUGCUCUUAAUGGAAGUAUCGGACGGUAAUUCAUCAAUAAAAGCCAUAGAAUACAGCUCGAUACCAGAUCUUUCUCUUUUGACUACUCCAGGAUGUAAAAUUUUAGUGAAAAAAGAUGUUUGCUGUCGACGGGGAAUUUUGUUGCUUACUGAAUUCAACUGUAUAGUGUUAGGUGGGGAUGAUGAGUUAUUAAUGAAAACAGGUCGACCAAUUGAAAUGAUGACCAAACGUCUGAAUAUUGCGAUACCAAAUCAAGGAAACAGUUUACAGAUGACUACAAACAGAACAAAAGAAAAAGAUCACAGUUGUUUAUAUGAUUUUAUUUCUAGAAUGCAGAAUUUAACAGGAAUUGAAAACACGAAACCUGUAAUGCAAGUGAAACCGUUAUCUGAAGAACUGUUGUUAUCGAAAACUUUGGAGCAGAAACAAGUUUUUACUGGUGUAGCUGCACGCAUUAAGCAAUCUGUGAAUAAUAUAAAACAACUGCAGUCGACAUCGAGUGAAAACCUAAAUUUAAUAACCAAAACACCGAUUGUUUCUCCAGCAUCAAAACGUUCCAAUUUUACACCAUCGCUUACUGCAAGCUGUAAAAAACUUAAAAUAGAAGGGCCUGAAGACAGUGAUGAUGUUAUUUUGAUUGAAACACCAAAACCUAUAGUACACGAAGGAAAGAAAUGUGAUUCAAAGGGAUUUGAAUAUAGUAUUCCACCUACAUUAACUAAAAAUACAACUGUUAUCGCCUGCAACAAUCUUGGUAUCGAGUCAAUUUCGCAAGUAUUGCAGUCAAUGCGAUUUGCUGUUGUGCCAAAGCGCAAAUUAUUAGCUGCGGCAAUGGAGACGAACCCAUUGCAGCCAUUGCAUAUAAACGAAGACGGUUUAUGGGCGCUGACCGUGGCCUUAAGUGACAAAAGUUAUCAAUGUUUGGCGUGUGUUGCAUCCCAUAAGUUUCUUGUGGAAUUGAUUGGCUGGACUCCAGAGGAAGCUCUUGCUGCUCGCGCUAGUAAAGAUCCUUCACGACGGAAAGAUGGAACAUUGCGAAUCAAAAGUGCAGGUCAGUCGAUGCGAAGGUUGGAUUUAAUCUGGGAAGUUGAAUUUUUUCCAAAUGAUGGUUUGACACCCAUAAUUCAUAGAAUUGACACUUAUGCUGAAAAGUUUGGUUUAAUUUAUUGA